CAAAGACAACAUCGGCUUCGAAUGAUCACACUGCCUGCUCGAAUUAUUGUGCUGAAGCCUGGUCUGCGCGCUCGACGUGCAGGGUGCCCAUCAACCUGAACAACAACACAGACCCUGGUAGUUUGUGAUAGUUCCAUUCCUGGCUAUCUUUGUCGUAUUCAUCAUUCGAACGCUCAUUCGUAUGUGUGAUGGAGAACCCGGACGACCGAGACACACAAGAUGAUUUGAGCGAUGGCUCGAGCUGUGAAGACCUUUGGGGGAAUGAAGAUGAUCCUUACCUCUGUAAUGUCUGCGCCAAGAUCGACCUAGAAUACCUAUUUACAGAGGAAAUAGAGCUUCAGGAUGCCUAUAGUCUUGGUCCUCUGCGGAAUAUCAAGCGAAAGGCUUCGACCUGUGUCCUGUGCGAUGCUGUGGUCGAGUCGUUAAAUGCGCGCUUGAGCUUUUAUCCUUCCACUGCCAACGAAUCACGGUUUAAUCGUCAAGAAUAUGGGACGGGUGAAGUGAUCUGUUGUUGGAUGUAUAGCAAAGUCUUCGUCGACAAUAACGAUGGAGCGAAAACGCUAAGGAUAUUCAUUCCCACUUUGAGCUUCGACGAAUGGGAGACCUCGAUCGAAGAUGGCGCACACGAAUGUGAACUUCACGCCGGAACCAUUCAACUCAUGUCGAGCAGCGCUACUCCUUCAGGGAUUCUGCCCAAAUUCCAUGGUCGACCAAUGAGCAUUCAGCCGGACAUGGAUCUCGGACGCGCUUGGAUCGAGUCUUGCGAGUCAUUGCAUGGCUUGACAUGUUGUGACCAGCGAGGUGAAGUCGAAAAUCCAUUUCUGUCAGAGCGACCGCAGCGCUUGCUGGUCAUAGAUACUGAAAGACGCUGUCUUGUCAAACUUCCCUCAUCCGAAAAAUACACGGCCCUGAGUUACCGUUGGCCGAAGAAACCUGGCUUGAUAAAUACCAGAGCCAAAGCUCAGAUGAUGAGUAUCGACGGAUAUCUCAGCAGAUCAAAUGGUCUGAGCGAUGUUGUCGAUCAGGGAAUCACGUUUACAGCCGGUCUUGGAGCAAGAUACCUUUGGGUCGAUGCUUUAUGCAUUCCACAAGACGAUCAUGACGUGAAAUCUUCGAUCAUACAGCAGAUGUGUGAUAUCUACGGUCGAUCGGCAUUCACAUUAGUCAUCGCGCCACAUCUAGAUGACAUUUCAAUCGAGGUUCCACAAUCUGCAACUCUGAGAAGACAGAGGGUAUGGACGGUCCACGGUAUUGACGUCUCAGUGCCGAAACCUUAUUUAGAUUUUGUACUAAAUCGUUCCUCGUGGUCCCGGCGUGGCUGGACAUUUCAGGAGGGUUUGAUGUCCCCACGAAUAUUCUACUUAACCAGUCACCAGAUGUGGUUCCAAUGUCCAGGUGGUGUGAGGUGUGAAGACACAAUCUGCGAAGAGCUUGAUCCCUCCGCCAGAAUCACAACAUGGUCCAAUUUGAGUAACUCUAGGGCAGCAUUUCCAUCACUCACAAGCCCGCCAUGUCGCUCAGACCUGAGGAGGGUCAAGUACGAGGACAGCGAGCAAGCUUUCGAAGUAUAUUCAGGCGUUGUUGAAGAUUAUGGUGACAAGGAGCUUACAUUGCCAUCCGAAAUUCUGAACGCCUUCGAUGGUGUGAUGAAAGUCUUCCGGCACACGAUGCAGACCCAAUUCAUAUCAGGCUUGCCAGAGCAAUGGUUUGAUCGCGCAUUGCUAUGGUCACCUGGUAAUCCUCACAUACGAAGAGUGACCGAAUGUCCGGGCAAUCCAUUUCCUUCCUGGUCCUGGUGUGGCUGGCACAAGGGAGGAUCGGGUGGGCUUCAGAUCUUCGAUCACGGCUCGGUAGAUCCUUUCUUCACGUGGCUCAUUGCGUCCUCGGGGACUGCAGUUCCACGAGAGAUUCGAUGUGAUCGAAUACCGGAAUUUGAGCGCCAUUCUGCAUCCAGAUCGAGACUAGGUCUUGCCGCGCAUGACCCGAAAGCGGCUGCGGGUUCAAUGAUACGCGUGAAAAGAAGCAACGUCCUGUUGGCAUCGACUGCAUGUGCUAAAUUGUACAUCCGUGGCGGUGAAACCGGACUGGGCACAUUCGCACACACCGAUCAUCCCAACGCAAUUUUGGUUUGCACAAUCCGAGAUGCGGUUGGAGAUGCUGUCGGAAGAAUAGAAGUUCCGAAGAGCUGGUACAAGUCUUUCGACACCGGCUUGAACGGUGUCGAUUUCGUCUUGCUAUCAGAACUUUUGAUCGAGCCCUACAGAGCCAUAGAUCACUUGUCGGAGGAACUUCUGGAACACUCAUUUGAUGAUGAGGAGGAGGAUAUUUGUCUAUUGAACGUCAUGGUGACUGAACCAUGCUCGGAGACGACGGUCGGUCGAGUCGGUAUCGGCUGGGUGUUCGAAGAGGCCUGGAUAGCUGCGAGUCCGACUUCGUACUGGCUUCAACUUGAGUAAGAGAGGCUAGCAUUCCUGGGAUGUCGGAGAAAUUUUAGUUUUGUGCAUGGAUGUUUUUGAUACAUUUUGGUAUUGGAAUACAUUCAGAGAUCGACGAUGCACAAAAUCAUGAAACAGAAUCACCAUAAAAGAACUCGCAGAGCGCCGCUAAACACUGGUGGUGGUCUUGGUAAUGCCCUUGACCUAGCCGACAAGGGUCUUGGUCAACUUGAUCAUGCAAUACCUUACCAACGAUAAUCGUUUCUUAUUCAAGGUUGCUAUACAUGCCGCCUC